UGUGCGCGGAGCGACGCCUCGCGCAGCCAGCCUCAGAUAACCCGCGGUGGGCUGCACACACUUGGAAAAAAAAGUCCACCGCAAGACACGCGGGGACACUUAGAAAAUAAAAAGACGCCUCGUCGGAGUGUGAAGCGACGCGGAGCGGGAUGUUCGAGUCGCCCUGAGGAGGAGAAGCGGACGAACAAGACAAGCGCUGAAGCUCAGGCUGGAUUCAGCGACAGGAUGCUUCCUGGAGCCCCUGUUUGGAUGAUCUGGGUGAGGGCAAAGGGCAUCUAGAGUUGUACCUGUGAAGCCGGGUGUGAGGACGUGCACUGACGUCAGAGCUUUUACAACUCAGACACUGGAGAUGAAGAGGGCAUUGCUGUGACAAACACAUCGUAAAGAUCAUAUCAGGCCGGCAGUGUGGAGCAGAGCUGGAGGCUGCAGAGCAACUGUGUGCUGUGGGAAGCUCCUGACCGUGCAGAGAGGCAGAGUGGCAGUCACUCACAGAAGAAGAAGAAGGAAAAAAAAAACAGUUCUACAGAGGACUGGCACUCUUUCAAGAAAAGGAUAUACAGCACACACUUAUCGCACCUUGUUGCGGUGGGGGGUGUGAUCGUUGCUCAGCACCUCGGGUGUGUGGAGGAAGUUGGAGCUGGCGUGAUGACGGUGGUCGUGUGGCCGCCUCAGGAGUGGGUCUGGCAGGCUGUUCUCCUGGUGACCGGACUGGCAUCGCUGAGCCGUGGGUCUGAUGCAGCCAACAUGUUGGACGCCAUGCUUCUGAAGAACGGAUCGAAGGGGGGAUCAGGGCGGCGGGCGGAGGAGAGCAGCGGCAGCACGGCCACAGUUUCUGCUGAGAAUGUGCUUUGGUGCCAUUGUUCCAACCACUGCCUCGUGGACUCCGUCAACAACACUUGCAAGACUGAUGGUUACUGCUUCACCAUGAUUAAGGAGGAGGGGGGCCUGCCCGUGUUCACUGCAGGCUGUGUGGGACGAGCCGGAUCCGAGUUUCAGUGCAGAGACACAGGGAAUGCACGCGUGAGGAGAGCCAUCGAGUGCUGCGCGGAUCAGCACUUCUGCAACAGAGACUUACACCCCACUCUCCCUCCGCUCGUGACGUCAGAUUAUGUGGACCGUAGCAUCCAGUACAGGGCUCUCUUCAUCGCAGUCCCGGUUUGCAGCAUCAUCCUUGUCGUGAUCCUCGUCUUCUGCUGUAUCAGGUAUAGGAGGCAAGUGUCUCGGCCACGCUACAGUAUCGACCUGGAGCAGGAUGAGACCUACAUCCCCCCUGGGGAGUCUCUGAAAGACCUGAUAGAGCAUUCCAGAAGCAUCGGGUCAGGCUCUGGGUCAGGACUCCCUCUGCUGGUCCAGCGCACCAUCGCCAAGCAGAUUCAGAUGGUGAAGCAGAUCGGAAAAGGCAGAUAUGGAGAAGUGUGGAUGGGCAAGUGGAGAGGAGAGAGAGUCGCUGUGAAAGUCUUUUUCACCACUGAAGAGGAGAGCUGGUUCAGAGAGACGGAAAUCUAUCAGACCUUCCUGAUGAGACAUGAAAAUAUCCUGGGAUUCAUCGCAGCCGACAUUAAAGGGACGGGCUCGUGGACUCAGCUCUACCUGAUCACAGACUACCACGAAAACGGGUCCCUGUACGACUACCUCAAGUCCAACACGCUGGACGUCAAGUCCCUGCUCAAACUGGCGUAUUCCUCCAUAUCGGGCCUCUGCCACCUGCACACCGAGAUCUACGGCACGCAGGGCAAGCCGGCCAUCGCACACAGAGACCUGAAGAGUAAAAACGUCCUGGUGAAAAAGAACGGCUCGUGCUGCAUCGCAGACCUGGGACUCGCUGUCAAGUUUAACAGUGACACCAAUGAAGUGGAAAUCCCUCCGAACCUGCGCGUUGGGACAAAGCGCUACAUGCCUCCUGAAGUGUUGGACGAGAGCCUCAACAGAAGCUACUUCCAGUCUUUUAUCAUGGCUGACAUGUACAGUUUCGGCCUCAUAAUUUGGGAGAUGGCCCGUCGGUGCCUCUCUGGAGGCAUCGUGGAGGAGUACCAGCUGCCUUAUUAUGACCUCGUGCCCACCGAUCCUUCGUACGAAGACAUGAGAGAAGUCGUUUGUAUUAAGAAACAAAGACCUUCGUUUGCUAACCGCUGGAGCAGUGAUGAGUGCCUACGGCAGAUGGGGAAGCUGAUGUCGGAGUGCUGGGCUCACAACCCGGCCUCCCGCCUCACGGCCCUCAGGGUGAAGAAGACCCUGGCUAAGAUGUUAGAGUCCCAGGAUAUCAAACUGUGAGGCAGAGUCAGCAGAGAUGUCCUCGUCACCCACAGACUCGUCGUUGCCACUGGCACGGGCCAUUUGUGCUGGCCAAUAGAAGAAAGGGAAUAAAGAAGAGACUGUGAAAGACAAAAAAAUAAUAAAAAAAAAAAUCCUGACAAGACGAGUAAAGUGUUAAUGGUCACCGAGUCAGAAAGACAAAAAGCGGGAGACUUAUUGUGUCGGGGGAGAGCCGGCUUUUCUUGUCUGAGCCGCAUCUGUGUCAGACCAAAGGUUCAGGUUGUGCUGUCUGGGAGGAGGAUUCUGAAAUCUCUGUGAAGAGCUCCAGACAGAGCAAGCUGCCGCUCCGCUCCUCUAAAGCCAUGUAGCAGUAUUCACGAGGCAGGCUUCUGCUCUGUCACAGCUGCCUCUGUUUUCAUUGUUUACUUUUGAGACUUGUACACUGCAUGUUGUGAUAUGACACUCGGCUGGAAGCUGUUUCAGCAGGAGUUCGGUCAAAGCCAUUUGUGGUGAUUGUCAUCCAUCCAAAGAAGUUUCAAAUCCAUGCCCAGGGACCUCGAUUAUUAUUAUUAUUAUUAUUAUUAUUAUUAUUAUUAUUAUUGCAGAAGAAGUCGUAAUAAAGCAUCUUGCAGGAUAUAUAGCAUACACACCAUCGGCCAAAACACUAUGACCGUUGACAGCUGAAAUAUUUCCUUUUGGUACUGAGCAAAACUUCUGGUUAUCUUUCAGGUUUCCAUAACUGAAGCCUUCCUCUUCUGUCAACUUGUAUUAAUUUGUACAAAGUCAUUCUAAAAUGUAUUAAUUAUUGCCUUGCUGAAUGUUGAAAUGUUGCUGAUCUGUGUACAGAACAUGUCCCAUCCACUCUGUCACUACGCUAUGUGCCUUAUUUAACCUGUACAUAUGUGAUCAAUGCCGGUGUGUGAGUGGAUCUGGAUAACAUUCCCUAUUAAAAUAACUAUGUCUUGAAU